AUGUCUUCGACUGGAGGAGGAAGCAGAGGGUUUUAUUUUAACACAGUUUUAUCUUUAGCUCGGUCGCUGGCCACGCACGGACACGCUCCAUUAGAAAAGGUACAGAAGUUACAAUGCAUGUGCCCUGUGGAUUUCCGUGGGGUCUACCAGUUGGAUGAGAGGAGGAGAGAUGCUGUCAUUGCUCUGGGUGUGUUUCUAGUUGAAUCAAACUUGCAGCACAAAGAUCCCAUUGUUCCAUACCUUCUUGGGAUUUUGAAAGGCCUUCCCAAAGUUCAGUGGAUUGAGGAAAGCUCCCAACGUAAAGCACAUGACAUUCUUCCUGUUGCUGAAAACUUCAGCUUUAGUCUUGUAACAUUGCUCUCUGAUGUUGCUCAGAGGGAUGAGGAAUUACGUGGACAGAUUCUGGAGGCUAUCAUGGACCUCAUGCAGGUGCUACAAGACAUCUGCAAGAAUCCAGAUUCUGACAACAAAGAGUACCUCUGUAGGUACACAGUACCCACUCUGCUCGGGGUGGCUCGAGCGUUUGGCCGUUACAGCAACACUGAUGAACCUUUACUAUCAAAAUUAUUUCCUCGGCCUGUAGCACCAGUUCUACCUUCAAAUGAAGAGAGUGACUCUGUACACAGGCGAUCUUUUAAUGAUUUCCGCUCAAUAAUGCCCAGCUCUUUGCUGAGUGCUUGUCAGAGUGACACUCUAAAGCGCAAAAGCUCCUCUAAUUCCGGUGUCUCACAACAGGCCAGUCCUGAAAGAGUAGGUCUCGCUCCUAGCUCACCUGCUGAUGCACCUGUGCAGUAUUUUGAGGGCUCUUAUCUUCCUGAUGGAAGUGCAGUUGACCCUGAAUACUACUUCUCCACCAUCAGCUCCAGCUUCUCUGUGUCCCCUCUGUUCACUGGAAGCAGCACCGGAGAGUUUCAUGUCCCGAUUGAUACACUGAGACAGCUGAUUCACAUGGUCGAGCAGCUUGUCUCUGAAUCCUUUUUAAAAUCGUUAGAUGACUCUUUGGCAGAACUUUUAGAGACAACUCCAAAUAUUCAUCUAUACUACAAAACCUUUAGUGAUCCACUGUACGUAGCUAUUUUUAAAAUGCUACGGGAUACUUUAUACAAUCUUAAGGAGCUCCAGACAGACUUUGUGAAAGAGGUCCACGACUUUGUGUUGGAGCAGUUCAGCAGCAGCCAGUCCGAGCUGCAGCGGAUAUUACACGAUGUGGAGUAUUUGCAGAGUGAGCUAAGUCCUCUCAAACUGCGCUGCCAGGCCAACGCCGCGUGUGUGGACCUUAUGGUUUGGGCUGUGACUGAAGAGCAGGGAGCUGAAAACCUUUGCACUAAACUAUCUGAGAAGCUCCAGUCUAAAACUUCUAGCAAAGUUAUUAUUGCUCACAUGCCUUUACUCAUUUGCUGCCUUCAGGGUCUCGGGCGGCUGUGUGAACGGUUUCCUGUUGUUGCCCACUCGGUCACCACGUCUUUAAGAGACUUCUUGGUGGUACCAUCUCCUGUGUUGGUGAAGUUGUACAAAUACCACAGCCAGUUCACAGGUGGCAGUGAAAUAAAAAUUCAUGUAACCAAUGAGCAUUCUCAGUCAACACUAAGCGCCAGUACAAGCAAGAAGAGCCAGCCGUCUAUGUAUGAACAGCUGAGGGACAUCUCUAUAGAUAACAUCUGCAGGUGUCUAAAAGCAGGCCUCACUUGGGACAAUGUCAUUGUGGAAGCCUUUCUUGCAAGUCUUUCUAACCGCCUUUACAUCUAUCAAGAGAACGAUAAAGACGCUCAUUUAAUCCCAGAUCACACCAUCAGGGCUUUGGGCCACAUUUCUGUGGCCUUACGAGACACUCCCAGAGUAAUGGAGCCGAUACUUCAAAUCCUGCAACAAAAGUUCUGUCAGCCUCCAUCUCAGCUCGAUGUCCUCAUCAUUGACCAACUUGGCUGCAUGGUCAUCACAGGCAAUCAAUAUAUCUACCAGGAAGUAUGGAAUUUAUUUCAGCAGAUCAGUGUUAAAGCUAGUUCCAUGGUUUACUCUACUAAGGACUACAAGGAUCAUGGCUACAGACAUUGCUCCCUUGCUGUCAUAAAUGCCCUCGGUAACAUAGCAGCAAAUCUUCAAAAUGAGCAAAUGGUGGAUGAGCUUCUUGUGAACCUGUUGGAACUUUUUGUUCAACUUGGACUGGAAGGAAAAAGAGCAAGUGAGAGGGCCUCUGACAAAGGCCCAGCUUUAAAGGCUUCUAGCAGCGCUGGAAACCUUGGAGUCUUAAUCCCUGUUAUUGCUGUGCUGACCAGGAGACUUCCACCAAUCAAAGAAGCCAAACCGCGCUUGCAGAAACUCUUCAGAGACUUCUGGCUCUACUCUGUUGUGAUGGGCUUUGCAGUAGAGGGUUCAGGUCUUUGGCCAGAGGAAUGGUACGAAGGAGUCUGUGAGAUUGCAACUAAAUCCCCACUGCUCACAUUUCCCAGCGGAGAACCGUUACGCUCCGAGCUGCAGUACAAUUCUGCCUUGAAGAACGACACUGUCACCCCCGGUGAACUGAAUGACCUGCGGAGCACUAUCAUCAACCUGUUAGACCCUCCUCCUGAUGUGGCCGUUCUAAUCAACAAACUGGACUUUGCUAUGUCCACUUACCUCUUGUCCGUGUACAGACUUGAAUAUAUGAGGAUGCUGUAUUCUCCGGACUCUGAUCGAUUUCAAGUCAUGUUUCGUUAUUUUGAAGACAGAGCAAUUCAAAAGGAUAAAUCUGGUAUGAUGCAGUGUGUGAUUGCAGUCAGUGACAAAGUAUUUGAGGUCUUUCUUCACAUGAUGGCAGAAAAAGCAAAAACUAAAUCUCACGAGGAAGAGCUAGAGCGCCAUGCUCAGUUUCUCUUGGUCAACUUUAACCACAUACAUAAGAGAAUACGGCGAGUGGCAGACAAAUAUUUGUCUGGACUUGCUGAAACUUUUCCUCACCUGCUGUGGAGUGGCCGUGUUCUCCGGACCAUGUUGGAUAUCCUACAGACACUGUCACUGUCCUUAAGUGCUGACAUCCACAAAGACCAACCGUACUAUGACAUCCCAGACACUCCCUACCGAGUCACUGUGCCGGACACGUAUGAAGCCAGAGAGAGCAUCGUAAAGGAUUUUGCUGCUCGCUGUGGAGAGAUCCUUAAAGAAGCAAUGAAGUGGGCCCCAUCUGUGACCAAAUCUCAUCUCCAGGAAUACCUAAACAAGCACCAGAACUGGGUGUCAGGACUGUCUCAACACACAGGCUUAGCUAUGGCCACAGAGAGUAUCCUGCACUUUGCUGGCUACAACCGAGAGAGCCUCACGCUGGGGUCCACUCAAUUGUCCGAAAGACCUGCCUGUGUCAAGAAGGAUUAUUCCAAUUUCAUGGCAUCUCUAAACCUCAGAAAUCGAUAUGCUGGAGAGGUAUCAGGCAUGAUCCACUUUGCCCAAGCAAUGAAAGGACAUCCCGAUCUGAGUCGACUGAUGAUCAAACAGAUGGGGGAAGCUCUGGACACUGCUCAGCCCGAGGCGUUUACAGAGUCCAUGUUCAAACUGGCCGCGUUGCUCAUCAUCACAAAGGACUGUGACCCUCAGCUCCUGCACCAUCUUUGCUGGUCGCCUCUCAAAAUGUUUACAGAGCAUGGCAUGGAGACUGCUAUCGCCUGCUGGGAGUGGCUACUAGCGGCCCGUACUGGAAUUGAAGUCCCGUUUAUGCGGGAGAUGGCGGGAGCUUGGCAGAUGACGGUGGAGUUGAAGAUGGGGCUGUUUUCAGACGCUCAGGUCGAGGCCGAUCCUCUGGCAGCAUCUGAAGAAAGCCAGCCUGUACCUUGUCCUCCGGAUGUGACUCCUCACCACAUUUGGAUUGAGUUUCUUGUCCAGAGGUUUGAAAUUGCCAAAUAUUCUAGCGAAGAUCAAGUCGAGAUCUUUGGCAGCUUGCUUCAGCGAUCUCUGUCUCUGAAUGUUGGUGGCAAUCAAAGUAGUCUCAACCGCCAUGUAGCUGCUAUUGGCCCUCGCUUCAGAUUGCUCACUCUGGGACUGGCUUUUCUCCAUUCUGACGUUCUCACAAAUGCUACUGUUCGAAAUGUCCUCCGUGAAAAAAUCUACUCUACAGCCUUUGACUACUUUAGUGUUACCCCCAAGUUCCCAACUCAGUGUGACAAGCGACUUCGUGAAGACAUCAGUGUAAUGAUUCGCUUCUACGCUAGCAUCCUUUCUGACAAGAAAUACCUGGCUGCGUGUCAGUUGGUUCCACCUGGUGAGCUUGGUACUAGCCCUGUCCCGAGCACCCUCUCAGCUGGAAUUUUUGGAUCGCUAAUUGUGUCCAGCACUUCUCCGAUAUCUAUCUUGAAUAAUCAGGACCCAUCACUUAAUAGUUUGUCUGUGAUGAAUGCUGCUGACCUCCGGAGCAGCAUGGACUCUAGCUCCCGCUCCCAGCAGAGCGGUCAGGGCUGGAUUAACACAUAUCCGCUUUCUAGUGGAAUGUCCACUGCAUCUAAAAAGUCAGGCACAUCCAAGAAGAGCAACAGGGGAACUCAACUUCAUAAGUAUUAUACAAAACGCAGAACUCUGCUCUUGGCAUUACUGGCCAGUGAGAUUGAACGGCUUACCACAUGGUACAAUCCCCUUUCCACCCAGGAACUAGCCAUAGUCACUGAACAGUCUGUGGAAACCAGCAUCUCCAACUGGAGGUCCAAAUACAUCAGUCUGACAGAGAAACAGUGGAAGGACAAUGUGAAUUUGGCCUGGAGCAUUGCGCCAUACUUGGCAAUGCAGCUUCCAGCAAGGUUUAAAAACGAUGCCAUUGUCGCUGAAGUAACACGACUUGUGAGACUCGACCCUGGAGCUGUCAGUGAUGUGCCGGAAGCUGUAAAAUUUUUAGUGACCUGGCACACUAUCGAUGCCGACUCGCCUGAGCUCAGCCAUAUCCUGUGUUGGGCUCCGGCAGACCCUCCCACCGGCCUGUCCUACUUCAGCAGCAUGUACCCACCUCAUCCACUCACGGCUCAGUACGGCGUCAAGGUCCUGCGCUCCUUCCCUCCGGAUGCCAUUUUGUUCUACAUCCCCCAGAUUGUACAAGCGUUACGUUAUGAUAAGAUGGGUUAUGUUCGAGAGUACAUUCUUUGGGCAGCUCAAAAGUCCCAGCUCCUCGCGCAUCAGUUUAUCUGGAACAUGAAAACCAACAUUUACCUGGACGAGGAGGGACAUCAGAAAGAUCCCGACAUCGGAGAGCUGUUGGAGCAAAUGGUUGAGGAAAUCAUCAACUCUCUGUCCGGACCAGCAAAGGAUUUCUACCAGAGAGAGUUUGACUUCUUCAACAAGAUCACCAAUGUGUCUGCCAUGAUCAAGCCUGUUCCAAAAGGUGAAGAGAGAAAACGCGCCUGUCUUAAAGCAUUGUCUGACAUCAAGGUUCAAGCAGGCUGCUACUUGCCAAGUAACCCUGAAGCAAUUGUUCUUGAUAUUGAUUACAAAUCUGGAACACCUAUGCAAAGUGCUGCGAAAGCACCAUACCUUGCAAAGUUCAAAGUGAAACGCUGUGGUGUGAGCGAGCUGGAGAGGGAGGGCCUUCGCUGCCCUUCAGACUCGGUAGAAGACGGAGAGGAAAAUCCUGAUGGGUCUCGAAAGGUUUGCUGGCAGGCGGCCAUUUUUAAAGUUGGAGAUGAUUGUCGCCAGGAUAUGCUAGCGCUACAAAUUAUUGGACUCUUUAAGAAUAUUUUCCAGUUGGUUGGUUUGGAUCUGUUCGUUUUCCCAUAUAGAGUGGUCGCCACGGCGCCAGGGUGUGGUGUGAUUGAAUGUAUCCCUGACUGCAAAUCCCGUGACCAACUCGGCAGACAGACAGACUUUGGAAUGUAUGACUACUUCCGUAACCAAUACGGAGAUGAAUCCACUUUAGCAUUCCAAAAGGCUCGUUAUAACUUCAUCCGGAGCAUGGCGGCCUACAGUCUUCUGUUGUUCCUGCUGCAGAUCAAAGACAGACACAAUGGGAAUAUUAUGCUCGACAGCAAGGGUCAUCUUAUCCACAUCGACUUUGGCUUCAUGUUUGAGAGUUCCCCUGGAGGUAACCUCGGCUGGGAACCGGACAUCAAGUUGACUGAUGAGAUGGUCAUGAUUAUGGGAGGCAAAAUGGAAGCUACCCCUUUCAAGUGGUUCAUGGAGAUGUGCGUCAGAGGAUAUCUGGCUGUUCGGCCCUACAUGGAUGCAGUGGUUUCUUUGGUAACUCUGAUGCUGGACACUGGGCUGCCAUGUUUCAGAGGGCAAACCAUUAAACUACUGAAAGGUCGAUUCAACCCACAAAUGAGUGAGAAAGAGGCAGCUGCAUUCAUGAUCAAAAUCAUUCAGAGCUGUUUCCUCAGUAGCAGGAGCAAGACCUAUGAUAUGCUGCAGUACUAUCAGAAUCAAAUCCCAUAUUAA